AUGUUCCAAAGGCUCGAGCCCUGGAAGAUUAUUGAUUCUACGGGGUCUGGCCAGGAACAGAGUGCAAUUAGAAAUGAGGCGUCGUGCUCGAUAGAAACUGAUGAGUCGGAGACAUGGUUCACCCUCUUCGAACCACGGCCUGGGCGACUCAGCAGUGACUCUGAGGGGAUUCCAGGGAGCAGCCUCGAAGCGAUCGCGGUGGCAGCAGGUCUCUUCUCGAACGACCUCGGGGCUCGCAGGACGCAGAAGAGGGCGUUUCAACGGGCGCAGAGAGUGGCGUGGAUCGGCGCGUGCGCGCGAGAUGAGAUUGCUAGGGCUGAUGUCCGGAUGCGAGACGGGUUUCAAGAUGCCCAAACAGGCUCCCCCCAGACAAUUGCAGACGGUGGCCUGGAUGAAACGCGACCGUCGCCGCGCUUUGAUGCCCUCGUUGCACAGCAGCUAGACAGGCCGGACUGUGACAGCGCGUUCGCCGUCUGCAAUUGGGCACCGAGGCGUGGUUCACAGAAAUAUGGUCCUGAAGUGGAACUGAGUGCUUCGAGCCCUGCGUCGCCGGGGGGUUGGGCAGUGCAGCGUGAAGCUCUGCAGCGUGAAGCUCUGCAGCACGACCUAAAUCUGAACCAAGCGCGCUGGCCGUCGCAGCCAGGCGAGUUCGAGGCCGUGAGGCUAUCCGGCAGGCAUGCGCUCUGGCGAAGCAUGCUGCCAUGCGCGAGGUUAUUUCCAGCACGCGGCGGGGAGGACGAGGGCGCUGUGAGUGGACGAGGCUCCCCAGAAGCGCCCGGUGAACACCACCCGCUGCAUUCUGCACCCUCGAUAGACGCCCUCUCCACGGCUGCGAUGCCCUCGGAUGCAGGCCAGCGACUAUCGCCGCGCGCUGGCUCCCUGUGGGCCAUUCGAUGCGUGUCAGGGCCCUGA